GGUAAAGCAGCAGGAGAGUGUGGUUUUCUCGCACAUCCAGGGAAAGCAUGAAGUUGUUGAUUCUGGUGGCUCUGUUCGGGCUCAGCCUUGCCCAGCACAACCCUCACACCAAGCAUGGAAGGACAGCCAUUGUCCACCUGUUUGAGUGGCGCUGGGCCGACAUUGCUGCAGAAUGUGAGCGCUUCUUGGGUCCUAAUGGCUUUGGUGGAGUUCAGAUCUCCCCUCCAAAUGAGCACAUUGUGAUUAACAAUCCUUGGAGGCCCUGGUGGCAGAGAUACCAGCCAAUCAGCUACAACCUGUGCUCCAGAUCUGGCAGCGAGAACGAGCUGAGAGACAUGAUCACCAGAUGCAACAAUGUUGGGGUCAACAUCUAUGUGGACGCUGUCAUCAACCACAUGUGUGGAGCUGGGGGUGGAGAGGGAACCCACUCCUCAUGUGGAAGCUGGUUUAGUGCUGGCAGAAAGGACUUCCCCAGUGUCCCAUUUACCCACUGGGACUUCAAUGACCACAAAUGCAGGACUGGAAGUGGCAAUAUUGAGAACUAUGGUGAUGCCAAUCAGGUUCGUGACUGCCGUCUGGUUGGUCUGCUGGACCUUGCCUUGGAGAAAGAUUACGUUAGGGGCAAGGUGGCAGGCUUCAUGAACAAGCUGAUUGACAUGGGUGUGGCUGGAUUCAGAGUGGAUGCCUGCAAGCACAUGUGGCCCGGCGACCUGGCUGCUAUCUAUGGCCGUCUGCACAAUCUCAACACCAAAUGGUUCCCUGGUGGCUCCAGACCCUUCAUCUUCCAGGAGGUUAUUGAUCUUGGUGGUGAGCCCAUUACAUCUAGAGAGUACUUCCAUCUGGGAAGGGUAACUGAGUUCAAAUAUGGUGCCAGACUGGGAACUAUCUUCAGGAAGUGGAACGGCGAGAAGCUGUCUUACACCAAAAACUGGGGAGAGGGUUGGGGUUUCAUGCCCAAUGGCAAUGCUCUCGUCUUCGUUGACAACCACGACAACCAGAGGGGCCAUGGUGCUGGUGGUGCGUCCAUUGUUACCUUCUGGGACGCCAGGCUCUACAAGAUGGCCGUUGGCUACAUGCUGGCACACCCUUACGGAGUAACCAGGGUGAUGUCUAGCUUCCGCUGGAACCGCCACAUUGUGAACGGAAAGGAUCAGAAUGACUGGAUGGGCCCUCCAAGCCAUGGUGAUGGAUCCACCAAGUCUGUUCCCAUCAACCCUGACCAGACUUGUGGAGAUGGAUGGGUGUGUGAGCACAGAUGGCGUCAGAUCAAGAACAUGGUCGCUUUCCGUAAUGUGGUCAAUGGACAGCCUCACUCCAACUGGUGGGACAACAGGAGCAACCAGGUUGCAUUUGGACGUGGUAAUCGUGGUUUCAUCAUCUUCAACAAUGAUGACUGGGACCUGGAUGUGACCCUGAACACUGGCAUGCCCGGUGGCACCUACUGUGACGUCAUCUCUGGCCAGAAGGAGGGACACAGGUGCACUGGGAAGCAGAUCCAUGUUGGAGGUGAUGGCCGUGCCCACUUCAGGAUCAGCAACAGAGACGAGGACCCCUUCGUUGCUAUCCAUGCCGAAUCCAAGCUGUAAAUACAUCCAUGGGCAACUUUAAAUAAAAAAAAAAAAAAAAUCAA